AUGGCGGCCGAGAGCCGGUGGCGGCCACAGUCGCCGCGGUUGCUGCUGCUGCUGCUGUUGGUGCUGGCGGCGGGCGCCGGCGGCCUGGAGUUCGGCGGCGGCCCCGGGCAGUGGGCUCGCUACGCGCGCUGGGCGGGCGCGGCGAGCAGCGGCGAGCUCAGCUUCAGCCUGCGCACCAACGCCACGCGCGCGCUGCUGCUCUACCUGGACGACGGUGGUGACUGCGACUUCCUGGAGCUGCUGCUGGUGGACGGGCGCCUGCGGCUACGCUUCACGCUCUCGUGCGCCGAGCCGGCCACGCUGCAGCUGGACACUCCGGUGGCCGACGACCGCUGGCACAUGGUGCUGCUGACCCGCGAUGCGCGCCGCACGGCGCUGGCGGUGGACGGCGAGGCCCGCGCGGCCGAGGUGCGCUCCAAGAGGCGUGAGAUGCAGGUGGCCAGCGACCUGUUCGUGGGCGGCAUCCCGCCCGACGUGCGCCUCUCGGCGCUCACGCUCAGCACCGUCAAGUACGAGCCGCCCUUCCGCGGCCUCCUGGCCAACCUGAAGCUGGGUGAGCGGCCCCCCGCGCUCCUGGGCAGCCAGGGCCUGCGCGGCGCCGCCGCGGACCCACUGUGUGCGCCCGCGCGCAACCCCUGUGCCAACGGCGGCCUCUGCACGGUGCUGGCCCCUGGCGAGGUGGGCUGCGACUGCAGCCACACAGGCUUCGGCGGCAAGUUCUGCAGCGAAGAGGAGCACCCCAUGGAAGGUCCGGCUCACCUGACGUUAAACAGCGAAGUAGGGUCCUUACUGUUCUCCGAGGGGGGGGCCGGGAGAGGAGGAGCCAGCGAUGUGCACCAGCCAACGAAAGGCAAGGAGGAGUUCGUGGCGACCUUCAAAGGCAACGAGUUCUUCUGCUACGACCUGUCGCACAACCCGAUCCAGAGCAGCACGGACGAGAUCACGCUGGCCUUCCGCACCCUGCAGCGCAACGGGCUGAUGCUGCACACGGGCAAAUCGGCCGACUACGUCAACCUGUCCCUCAAGUCUGGGGCUGUCUGGCUGGUCAUCAACCUGGGCUCAGGAGCCUUCGAGGCCCUCGUGGAACCUGUCAACGGCAAGUUCAACGACAACGCCUGGCACGACGUCCGGGUCACCCGAAACCUGCGCCAGCACGCAGGGAUUGGACACGCUAUGGUAAACAAACUGCAUUAUCUGGUGACCAUCUCAGUGGACGGGAUCCUGACCACCACAGGCUACACGCAAGAGGAUUACACCAUGCUGGGCUCGGAUGACUUCUUCUACAUCGGGGGCAGUCCCAACACGGCUGACCUGCCAGGCUCGCCCGUCAGCAACAACUUUAUGGGCUGCCUCAAGGACGUGGUCUAUAAGAAUAAUGACUUCAAGCUGGAACUGUCCCGCCUGGCGAAGGAAGGGGACCCCAAGAUGAAGCUUCAGGGGGACCUGUCAUUCCGCUGUGAGGAUGUGGCUGCCCUCGACCCUGUGACCUUUGAGAGUCCUGAAGCUUUCGUGGCCCUGCCUCGCUGGAGUGCCAAACGCACCGGCUCCAUCUCCCUCGACUUCCGCACCACUGAGCCCAAUGGGCUGCUACUUUUCAGCCAGGGCCGGCGGGCUGGGGCUGGGGCUGGCGGCCACAGCUCUGCCCAGCGGGCUGACUACUUCGCCAUGGAGCUGUUGGAUGGCUACCUCUACCUCCUGCUGGACAUGGGCUCUGGGGGCAUCAAGCUGCGGGCGUCUAGCCGCAAGGUCAAUGAUGGCGAGUGGUGCCACGUGGACUUCCAAAGGGAUGGGCGCAAAGGCUCCAUCUCCGUGAAUAGCCGCAGCACACCGUUCUUGGCCACCGGGGAGAGUGAGAUUCUGGACCUGGAGAGCGAGCUGUACCUAGGCGGUCUCCCUGAGGGGGGGCGGGUCGACCUCCCUCUGCCCCCGGAGGUGUGGACGGCGGCGCUCCGGGCUGGCUACGUAGGCUGCGUGCGGGACCUCUUCAUAGAUGGGCGCAGCCGAGACCUCCGGGGCCUGGCCGAGGCUCAGGGGGCGGUGGGCAUCGCCCCCUUCUGUUCCCGGGAGACGCUGAAGCAGUGCGCAUCUGCCCCCUGUCGCAAUGGGGGCACCUGUCGAGAGGGCUGGAACCGCUUCGUCUGCGACUGCAUCGGGACCGGCUUUCUGGGGCGGGUCUGUGAGAGAGAGGCCACGGUCCUGAGCUAUGACGGCUCCAUGUACAUGAAGAUCAUGCUGCCGAACGCCAUGCACACGGAGGCGGAGGACGUGUCCCUGCGCUUCAUGUCCCAGCGGGCCUACGGGCUCAUGAUGGCCACCACCUCCAGGGAGUCCGCCGACACCCUGCGCCUUGAGCUGGAUGGGGGCCAGAUGAAGCUCACGGUCAACCUCGACUGCCUGCGUGUCGGCUGCGCACCCAGUAAAGGCCCCGAGACACUCUUCGCGGGCCACAAGCUCAAUGACAACGAGUGGCACACAGUGAGGGUGGUACGGCGUGGCAAGAGCUUGCAGCUGUCUGUGGACAACGUCACCGUCGAGGGACAGAUGGCAGGCGCCCAUACACGGCUGGAAUUCCAUAACAUCGAGACGGGCAUCAUGACGGAGCGUCGCUUCAUCUCCGUGGUGCCCUCCAACUUCAUCGGGCACCUGAGCGGGCUGGUGUUCAACGGCCAGCCCUACAUGGACCAGUGCAAGGACGGCGACAUCACCUACUGCGAGCUCAACGCUCGCUUCGGCCUGCGGGCCAUCGUGGCCGAUCCCGUCACCUUCAAGAGCCGCAGCAGCUACCUGGCGCUCGCCACGCUCCAAGCCUAUGCCUCCAUGCACCUCUUCUUCCAGUUUAAGACCACAGCCCCCGACGGGCUUCUCCUGUUCAACUCGGGCAACGGCAAUGACUUCAUUGUCAUCGAGCUGGUCAAGGGGUACGUCCACUACGUGUUUGACCUGGGGAAUGGCCCGUCCUUGAUGAAGGGGAACUCAGACAAACCAGUCAAUGACAACCAGUGGCACAACGUGGUGGUGUCCAGGGACCCGGGCAAUGUGCACACGCUCAAGAUUGACUCCCGCACAGUCACGCAGCACUCCAAUGGCGCCCGCAACCUCGAUCUCAAAGGGGAGUUGUACAUCGGUGGUCUGAGCAAGAACAUGUUCAGCAACCUGCCCAAGCUGGUGGCCUCCCGGGACGGCUUUCAGGGCUGCCUGGCCUCAGUGGACCUCAAUGGACGCCUCCCAGACCUCAUCGCUGACGCCCUGCACCGCAUCGGGCAGGUGGAGAGGGGCUGUGACGGCCCCAGCACCACCUGCACCGAAGAGUCCUGUGCCAACCAGGGCGUCUGCCUGCAACAGUGGGACGGCUUCACCUGUGACUGCACCAUGACUUCCUACGGAGGCCCUGUCUGCAACGACCCUGGGACCACAUACAUCUUUGGGAAGGGGGGAGCGCUCAUCACCUACACGUGGCCCCCCAAUGACCGGCCCAGCACGAGGAUGGACCGCCUGGCCGUGGGCUUCAGCACGCACCAGCGCAGUGCGGUGCUGGUGCGGGUGGACAGUGCCUCCGGCCUUGGAGACUACUUGCAACUUCAUAUCGACCAGGGCACCGUGGGGGUGAUCUUUAACGUGGGCACGGACGACAUUACCAUCGACGAGCCCAAUGCCAUUGUGAGCGACGGCAAAUACCACGUGGUGCGCUUCACUCGAAGUGGCGGCAACGCCACCCUGCAGGUGGACAGCUGGCCGGUCAAUGAGCGGUACCCGGCAGGAAACUUUGAUAACGAGCGCCUGGCGAUUGCUAGACAGAGAAUCCCCUACCGGCUUGGUCGAGUAGUAGAUGAGUGGCUGCUCGACAAAGGCCGCCAGCUGACCAUCUUCAACAGCCAGGCUGCCAUCAAGAUCGGGGGCCGGGAUCAGGGCCGCCCGUUCCAGGGCCAGGUGUCCGGCCUCUACUACAAUGGGCUCAAGGUGCUGGCGCUGGCCGCCGAGAGCGACCCCAACGUGCGGACCGAAGGCCACCUGCGCCUGGUGGGGGAGGGGCCGUCCGUGCUGCUCAGCGCGGAGACCACGGCCACCACCCUGCUGGCCGACAUGGCGACCACCAUCAUGGAGACCACCACCACCAUGGCUACCACGACCACGCGCCGGGGCCGCUCCCCCACGCUGAGGGACAGCACCACCCAGAACACGGAUGACCUCUUGGUGGCCUCUGCUGAGUGUCCAAGUGAUGACGAGGACCUGGAAGAGUGUGAGCCCAGUACUGGAGGAGAGUUAAUAUUGCCCAUUAUCACGGAGGACUCCUUAGAUCCCCCUCCCGUGGCCACCCGGUCCCCCUUCGUGCCCCCACCCCCCACCUUCUAUCCUUUCCUCACGGGCGUGGGCGCCACCCAAGACACCCUGCCCCCGCCCGCGGCCCGCCGCCCGCCCGCCGGGGGCCCGUGCCAGGCCGAGCAGGACGACAGCGACUGCGACGAGCCCAUCGAGGCCUCCGGCUUCGCGUCCGGGGAGGUCUUUGACUCCAGCCUCCCCCCCACGGACGACGAGGACUUUUACACCACCUUCCCCCUGGUCACGGACCGCACCACCCUCCUCUCGCCCCGCAAACCCGCUCCCCGGCCCAACCUCAGGACAGAUGGGGCCACGGGCGCCCCCGGGGUGCUGCUGGCCCCCUCCGCCCCCGCCCCCAACCUGCCUGCGGGCAAAAUGAACCACCGAGACCCGUUGCAGCCCUUGCUGGAGAACCCCCCGCUGGGGCCCGGGGCCCCCACGUCUUUCGAGCCGCGGAGGCCCCCUCCCCUGCGCCCCGGCGUGACCGCCGCCCCCGGCUUCCCCCGUUUGCCCACAGCCAACCCCACGGGGCCUGGGGAGCGCGGCCCGCCGGGCGCCGUGGAGGUGAUCCGGGAGUCCAGCAGCACCACGGGCAUGGUGGUGGGCAUCGUGGCGGCGGCGGCGCUCUGCAUCCUGAUUCUCCUCUAUGCCAUGUACAAAUACCGCAACCGCGACGAGGGCUCCUACCAGGUGGACCAGAGCCGGAACUACAUCAGUAACUCGGCCCAGAGCAACGGGGCCGUGGUGAAAGAGAAGGCCCCGGCCGCCCCCAAGACGCCCAGCAAGGCCAAGAAGAACAAAGACAAGGAGUACUACGUCUGAGCCCCGGCACCGCGCCCACUGCCAGCUGUGCCCCUCCCGGGAGGGCCCGGGAGAAGGGUGCAGCCCUCUCCCUGCUGGAGCUCUGGGGACCCGCUCCCUGGCUGCCUCAGACUUCUCUCACGAAGAGGAAACGCAAAAAAACAAAACAAAAAAAACCAACAAAAAAAAACAAAACUAAACAAAAACAAAAAAAAAAAGAAAGAAAGAAAA